AUGUCCAGAUCGUCAACUUCUUCAAAAGCGUCCACUGCUAGCACAGUGGACACCCCUCCCCGGACUACAGAGAAGUCCACCAACCAACCCCGUCCCGAUUCCCCGGCUACAGUGAAGCCAACCAUUUCCCCUGAAGAUGUCCAAGAGGCAUUUGAAACCAUAAGAAACCAUUGGAAUACCGAGAGUAGAGACUCCAAAGCCAAAAAGACCUCCAUGCUUGCUUACUUGGACCAAAUUCAAGAGGCUUACCAAGAAUUAUUGGUUAGGCCCAGCCAAACAGUCCCGAUGAACGUUUUGGAGGACAUGCUGGACUCCAAGAUAAGCCAAUUCAGACCCGGACCACGGUCAAGCUCCCUACGGGCAAGGCCGUGCCCACAAAGAACUCCUCAGUUACAAAGAUUACACGUCAGACCAAACAAGAACUCAGGCGGCCUACGGCUGGAAUCAAAUAAAUCGGACUUAAGCACUCUUAGCGUCCAGGCACUGAAGGACAAGGGCCUGGUGCUCAAGGUGCCCACCAAGCGGCCCCCAAGAUUAGCCGUCUACCACGUGCCAUCCUCCCUUGACGCAGACGAGGUAGAGGAAGCAAUCAUUGCCCAAAAUUCAGAAGGGCUAACUGAGGACGAGCAGGACAUCCUCAAGGAUGGUGUUCUUGUUAAAUUUAAAUUCGGACCAAGGGACUCCAGUACCGUCCACUGGAUAAUGCAGACAACCCCAAGAGCAAGGAAGAUCCUGCUAGAAAUCAAAGUAAUUAAAUCUGCCAUGAAGAGCAAACUAAAUGAUGAGUGCUCUCUAUGGCGUAAAAAAGCGAAGGAGCCAUGUAGUGACCAGCAUGGCAGAGCUGCACUUAACGAAGAGAUUAAGAGCACCACCAGCCCCAUUGAUGACAACCCAUAUUAA